GUAGCGAUUCGGGACUGCGGGCUAUGUUUGGGAAUUCGGGACUGUUGGGCUGUGUUAGGAAAAGCGGGACUGUUGGGCAGCAUGAAAGCUGUGUAGGGGAAGGAACGUGCAGACACCCUAGCAACUGAAAUCCUUCCCGAAGUGUGCAGCUCACUGACAGCAGGGGGGCCGGUAAUCCAAAGUUUCCAUGUUCAUGGGUAUUCUAAAAGCAAUGGAUAGCCGGCCUGCAGCCUUACAGUGUGCCAUAUCCUCAUGGGCUUCUUUGGGGUUGUAGUGCAUCUAGAAUUGGCCAGUGCCAGUAGUGCAGGACUUAAAGCAGGAUCUAGGUUUGUUGGAGAGGCGAUAUUCAUUCGAUAAGCACAAGGGGGGGAUUAAGCAAUUCAGUCAAAAGCCAUGUCUGUUCGGGAGUCUUUCAAUCCAGAGAGCUAUGAGCUUGAUAAGAGCUUCCGCUUGACUCGCUUUGCAGAGCUGAAAGGCACUGGUUGCAAAGUUCCUCAAGAUGUUUUGCAAAAACUACUGGAAUCUUUGCAGGAGAAUCACUUCCAGGAAGAUGAACAGUUUCUAGGUGCAGUCAUGCCAAGGCUUGGAAUUGGCAUGGAUACAUGUGUUAUUCCAUUAAGACAUGGUGGCCUUUCUCUGGUUCAGACAACAGACUACAUUUAUCCUAUUGUAGAUGAUCCUUACAUGAUGGGCCGAAUAGCAUGUGCAAAUGUUUUAAGUGACCUGUACGCCAUGGGUGUUACCGAAUGUGACAACAUGCUGAUGCUCCUUGGUGUCAGUAAUAAACUGACUGAUCGGGAAAGAGACAAAGUAAUGCCUCUCAUUAUCCAAGGAUUUAAGGAUGCUGCAGAAGAAGCAGGCACAUCGGUUACAGGGGGCCAAACUGUGCUAAACCCAUGGGUUGUUCUAGGUGGAGUUGCAACUACAGUCUGUCAGCCAAAUGAAUUCAUUAUGCCAGACAAUGCUGUACCAGGUGAUGUCCUUGUGCUUACCAAACCUUUGGGAACCCAGGUGGCAGUUGCUGUUCAUCAGUGGCUAGAUAUUCCAGAAAAAUGGAAUAAGAUUAAACUGGUGGUCACCCAAGAGGAUGUGGAGUUGGCUUACCAGGAAGCAAUGAUGAAUAUGGCACGACUUAACCGAACAGCUGCUGGCCUCAUGCACACAUUUAAUGCACAUGCUGCAACAGAUAUAACAGGGUUUGGAAUUCUAGGUCAUGCACAGAACUUGGCUAAACAACAACGGAAUGAAGUUUCUUUUGUUAUCCAUAACCUGCCUGUAUUGGCCAAGAUGGCUGCUGUCAGCAAGGCCUGUGGAAAUAUGUUUGGUCUUAUGCAUGGAUCAUGUCCUGAGACAUCGGGAGGCCUGCUUAUCUGUUUGCCACGGGAACAGGCAGCACGUUUUUGUGCCGAAAUUAAAUCCCCUAAGUAUGGAGAGGGCCACCAAGCAUGGAUUAUUGGAAUCGUAGAAAAGGGCAACCGCACCGCCAGAAUCAUAGACAAGCCUCGAAUCAUUGAGGUUGCCCCUCAAGUUGCCUCUCAAAAUGUAAACCCCACACCUGGUGCCACCUCUUAAUCUAGGCUUACUUAACUUUUUUUUUGUUAAUGUUUUUUUUGUUUUUAAUAGACCCUAUUCCUUACCAUCAUGCAAUUUAAAUAAUUGUAAAGAAAAAUAUAUAUAUAUAAAUAUAUAUCAAUGUGUCCGCCCAUUUCGAGACCUUGGGUCAGUUUUAUGAGUGGGUAUGAUUUAAUAGGUAAAAAUCAGUUUUUUUUUUUAUUUUUUAGUAUUUUUUUUUCCUUUCUGUUACAUAAACUGAAGAUGCACCUAAUCUUUAAGGCAGCUUCUGAGUUGAAGAAUGAUAUUGUUAUCUGAAAAGCAUUGAUUCAUUUUGAAUCUAUAGACACUUAUCUCUUGCCGCGUAGGCUCUUUUUUAAAGGUGCUCUCACUCAGCACAGACAUUGCCAUUAGUAGUGUCAAAUAAGCAGUUAGUGUCUUCAUUUAUAUAUGUGUAUUUAUCAUUAUUCGUCUGACAAUGUUGGAUGCCUUUGGAAGCUCAUAUGGAGAGGCAAUAAAUCAGUUGUGGGUUCUGGCAUAGAAGGGUGCAUGAUUCCUUUUUAAAUUUAACAAUUUUAUUUUUGCUUGGGCUGCCGUAGCCUUUACUCUUCCACUACCUUACAUUGCUUAGUAAUGCACUCCUUUUACUUGUCACUGCUGGAUAUAUCUUUAACUCUGCAUAGAUCAGUUGUAAGAGUGCUAUCUUUGCUUAAAAAGCACUUCUAUUUAGGAAGAUAUUAUUUCCUCCCGUAUUUACAGUACCUUGAAAAUCGUUCUUAUCAGUAGCACAUAAACACCUUUGCAAUGUGGAUAAAUGUGUUACAGAACAUAACUGCAGUUCACUUGCAAAAACUAAGAUUGCCUAUGUCACUUAAAUCCAGUAAUUCUAAAUGUGUAGACAUAAACACAAAACACUUUUUAAUUAUAAUCAAUAACUUUUCUGUUCUGUGGUUGAUAGUGUUUCAUACAUUUUUAUAUUUUGUAUAGUGAUUACAUGCCUUUAUAUGUUUUCUUUAUAAAUCAGCAACUGUUAAGUAGUUGGUAGCCAUUUCCUUUCCUACUUUGGUGCAUGAGUUUGUGAUCUAUUAAAACAAAAAUUGACAUUGCCAACAUUGCAGCUUAAACUCCAAACGUGGUAUUCAAAUAAAUAUUUAAUUUUUUUUAUUGCUCUUGUA